UUUCCUCCAGUCAGAAUGUCAACUGAGAAUUCCACAGAUCUAGUUCAGUAUGUUUCCAAGGAUCAGCCUUUUCUUCCUGCCAUUCCAGGGAAUCUGAGGUAUCCGGUAGAAGAACGGCUAGCUAGCCAGGAAAGAACUAUAGCCGUUCUUCUUGAACAGGCCUUUCGCAUCAAGGAGGAGAUCUCAUCUUGUCUUCAAGGGAGCCGGGGAUUCCAAAAAGAGGAGUCGAUGGCCCGGCAGCUGCUGGAAAACCACAUCCAGACUAUCACCAGCAUUGUCAAAAAGCUCAACCAAAACAUCCAGAUUCUAGAAGAACAAAUAAGAGCCCGGGACAAUGCAACCACUGAAAGUAAUUUUGCUUCUCAGAGUUUUAACCAGAAUCAGCUUCAUGGAAUGGGAGAUCUCCGGGGAAGAGUGGCUAGAUGUGACGCAAGCGUAGCAAAGCUCUCCGGAGACAUUAAUGUCAUCAGGCACGAGUAUCAGAAAGUUGAGAAAGACAUUCAAACACUCAAAUCUGUUCUGGAAGCUUUCUCCAAGACCGUGGAUGUGAAGGUAAUGCAGCUAUUAGGAAGGAUAGACACUUAUGGUGUGGAGCAAACCUCCAACUUAAAGGCGGUCCAGGGGGAUAAUAACCAUGAAUUGAGUCUUCUGAAUUUCAGAUUAAAUGCACUUAAAAAUGAGCUCCGUGAACAAGUUCAGAACCAACAGAAGUGGACAGAAAAUCAGCUUAUGAAAUCGGAAAAAGAACAGCUCUUGCAUAUAAACCAAUUUCUCAACACCGUAAAGGAGAAAAUGGAAGAAACAAAAAACAAAUUGGAAGGAAAAGUGCAUGAACUAAUAGUGAAAUCAGAACAGUUACUAGACCCGCAGAGAUUUGAAACAGAACUGAACAAAGUGAAGUUUGCAGAAAACAAGUUGCAUAAAAGGAUGAAUCGAGUAGAAAGACAGAUAUGGGAAGAGCUAAACAAAAUCCAGAAUGAGUACCAAUCAGGAUUUCAAUCGAUUCGUGGGUCUCUUGAAUCCCUCCAACAAAUACAGACGACAAAGAUCCAGUUAGAGAAAUAUAAAUUCCAGAAAGACAUAAACAAGUUGCAACGCAAGAUAGUGGAACUUCAAGAAAUGUAAACCCUGUCUCCAUCAUCUUCUUUGUUCUCUCCUAUCCAUGGAGCUUAUUGGUUUGCUGAAGAGCUGCAGCCAGGAAUGUGAUAUCUUAAUCCUGCUGCUUACAUUUCUUUUGCCACCCACACUUUAAAAAAGCUAUAAAAGCCAAUAAAGCAAGACAGAAAGAAAUAAAUGAAUGUUUUUGUUCAUUUGUUUUUUAAAAAUCCAUAGGCUCAUAGAUGUUAGAGCUGGAAGGAGCCUUGGAGGUCAUCUAAUCCAACCUUCUCAUUCUACAGAUGAGGAAACUGAGGCCCCCAAGAUGGUAAGGGGUUUGCUCAAGGUCUCAUCUGUAAGAGGUGACCUGGUUCAGGUUCAAAUCCAGGUCCCUUGCCUCUAAAUCUAACACCCUUUCCAUUGCACCAUCUUGGCUCCUGUCAUUAAGGGUUGGUAUCUUACAUUUUCAUCUUAUUAGCCCAGGAGAUUUUAAUUUUCCAAAAGUCAAAGGUUUUUGGUGGGGUUUUUUUAUUUCAAAUAGGAAUCCAUGCUCUCUAUGUGCCUGUGAAAGUGGGGAUUUGUCCAGGGGAAAAAAAUGUUUUUGCUUAUGCUAUUUUCUGCCCCUGUAAGGUUCACUCUCUCCUCUCUAACUCUGCCUUUCCAAUUCCUCUCCAUCUUUCAAAGAUCAUCUCAGUUAACCAUCUCUUUCAUGCUCCUUCCCAGUAGAAUGCAUCUACAUCACUUACAAACACUUUGAACCUCUCUUAAUGCACUUUUACAUUAUCCUCUGUAUUAUAGUUAUUCAUGUCCACGUCUCAGCAUGGGUGGUACAGUGGAUAGAAUGCUAGGCCUGGAGUCAGGAAGACCUGAAUUCAAAUGUGAUUUCAG